AGAUGUUAUUCGGACGCCGUGGUGGAAGCAUUAAACAUUUAAGUGCAUAUGUUUGUUGUUUGAAAAAGUAGUUGAGCGCUAUUCGACGGAGGUAGCUGUGUGCAAACUCGGACGUUAUUUAAUAAUAAUAAAUUGUGUGUGUGUGUCCGUGUGUAAAUCGAUCGAUCGAAAACAACAAUGAAGGUCUGUUGCAUUGGCGCUGGUUAUGUUGGCGGCCCAACGUGUGCCGUAAUGGCGCUCAAGUGUCCAGAUAUUACCAUAACACUGGUCGAUAAAAGUGCCGAAAGAAUCGCCCAAUGGAAUUCGGAGAAAUUGCCCAUUUAUGAGCCCGGUCUGGAUGAGGUGGUGAAGAAGUGUCGCAAUGUGAACCUGUUCUUCUCCACGGACAUAACAACUGCCAUUAAGGAGGCUGAUCUGAUCUUUAUAUCGGUGAAUACGCCAACGAAAACCUGUGGCAGUGGCAAGGGUCGAGCUGCGGAUCUGAAGUAUGUGGAGAGUGCGGCGCGGAUGAUUGCUGAGAUCGCGCAGUCCAAUAAAAUUGUGGUCGAGAAGAGCACGGUGCCGGUUCGGGCUGCAGAGAGCAUAAUGCACAUAUUGCGUGCAAAUCAGAAGCCUGGCAUCCACUACGAUAUCCUGUCGAAUCCCGAAUUCUUGGCCGAGGGCACCGCCAUCAACGAUUUGCUGAAUGCAGAUCGUGUUUUAAUUGGGGGCGAGGAGACGCCCGAGGGCCAUCAGGCCGUGGAGAAGCUAUCGUGGAUCUACGAGCACUGGAUACCAAAGAAGCACAUACUCACAACCAACACGUGGAGCAGCGAGCUCUCCAAGCUGGCAGCCAAUGCAUUCUUAGCGCAGCGCAUCUCAAGCAUCAACUCCUUGUCGGCGGUGUGCGAAGCAACCGGCGCCGAUGUCUCCGAGGUGGCACGUGCUGUCGGCCUGGACUCGCGCAUUGGCUCCAAGUUUCUGCAGGCGUCGGUGGGCUUUGGCGGUAGCUGCUUCCAGAAGGACAUACUGAAUUUGAUCUACAUAUGCGAAAACCUCAAUUUGCCUGAAGUGGCUGCGUAUUGGCAGCAGGUCAUCGACAUGAACGACUACCAGAAGCGUCGCUUCUCCCAGAAGAUCAUCGAGAGUCUCUUCAAUACGGUGUCGGACAAGCGCAUUGCCAUCCUAGGAUUCGCCUUCAAGAAGAAUACGGGCGAUACACGCGAAACGGCGGCGAUUACCGUCUGCCAGACGCUGUUGGAGGAGGGCGCCAAGUUGGACAUUUAUGAUCCGAAAGUGGAGCCGGAGCAGAUUAUCGACGACCUAACGCAUCCCAGCGUGACGGAAUCUCCCGAAAAUGUGAAGAAGGCCGUGCAAAUACACAGCGAUCCGUACAGCGCUGUGCGUGCCACGCACGCUUUGGUCCUCUGCACGGAAUGGGAUGAGUUUGUGGACCUGGACUAUCAGCGCAUCUAUCAGUCGAUGAUGAAGCCGGCAUACAUCUUUGACGGACGUAAGAUACUCGAUCACGAACGAUUGCUGCAGAUUGGCUUCCAUGUGCAGACGAUUGGUAAAAAGUAUCAGAGGGCUGGAUUGUUGCGCUCGUGGGGCAUUGUGCCGCAGCUGUAGGGCCAAGUGGGGCGUGGCAUUUAAGACUUAAAGCUGUCGAAACAUUUUGCAGUAUUUACAAAGACUAACUGUGUAAAUAAUGCUUUUAUGUUUGAUUAUUUUUUAUAUAAAUAGUUCAAGUAUUCACCUAGAUACUGCUAAGUAUUCCUAUUUCUACAAUUCCUACAACCAAAUGUCGAUUCCAGAUGCAAUAUAAAUAUUAACUUUACCGUUGCAAACGGACAAAACCCAAGUGGUACCACAACUACUUACAGGAUAUUCAAUUCUGUACCAUUUGAUCAUUAACGAAAACAAAACAAAAAAUGCAUUUACUCAAGCAUGUAAAUUUUAUAAAAUAAACAUUUAUAACUCAUAAUA